AGCAGCAGCCCUGCGAGCGUCCUCUGAGCUGAGGAUCAGGAGGAUGCAUGUUGGUUUCUGACUCUGGGCUUUUCUUUGGGACCAUUUUUCACUGUUUUAACUCACGCAUGGACUCACUGUGAGCUGACACAGCUGCCACCAAACACUGCCGGCUGUUUCCUUCCUGUUGAUCUUGUCUCCACUGUUUCUCGUUGUUUAAGCAGACUCUGGUAAAAUGUCUCUGACUGUAGCUGAUCUGACUCGGAGAGCGAUGACAGAGUUCGAGGAGAAGCUCCGUCAGCAGCAUGAGGAUUCGAUGCACCGCGAGCUGGAGGCGCUGCUCGUCACAACCAAUAAAGUCGAAGCAGAGAUCUCCAGAAAAGAUUUUGAGGGUUUCAAGAAGCUCUUCCACAGAUUCCUGCAGGUCAAAGGUCCUUCAGUUGACUGGCCCAAGAUCAGCCGGCCGCCGGAGGAGUCGAUCCAGCCAUACGACAGGAUCAAGGCGAAGGGGCUCCCGGACAACAUCACCGUCAGUCUCAACAAGCUCGCUGUGGUCAAACUGAACGGUGGUCUGGGAACCAGCAUGGGCUGUAAGGGCCCCAAGAGCCUGAUCAGUGUCCGCAACGAGAACACCUUCCUGGACUUGACCGUGCAGCAGAUCGAGCAUCUGAACAAAACCUUCAAUGCUGACGUGCCGCUUGUACUCAUGAACUCCUUCAACACUGACGAGGAUACAAAGAAGAUCCUGCAGAAGUACAAACACCACCGAGUGAACAUCCACACCUUCAACCAGAGCAGGUAUCCGAGGAUCAACAAGGAGUCCCUCUUGCCGAUUGCUAAGAGCAUGGGGACCAGCGGCGAAAAUUCUGAGGCCUGGUACCCACCAGGUCACGGAGACAUCUAUGCCAGCUUCCACAACUCGGGGCUGCUGGACAAACUGAUCGCUGAAGGGAAAGAGUACAUCUUUGUGUCCAACAUUGACAACCUGGGAGCCACCGUUGACCUGUUCAUCCUCAACCACCUGAUGAGCCAGCCGGCCGACAAACGCUGCGAGUUCAUCAUGGAAGUCACUGACAAGACCAGAGCAGACGUCAAGGGUGGCACUCUGAUCCGGUACGAGGACCAUCUCAGGCUGCUGGAGAUCGCACAGGUCCCUAAGGCCCACGUUGAUGAGUUUAAGUCUGUUACCAAGUUCAAGAUCUUCAACACCAACAAUCUGUGGAUCUCUCUGCCAGCCAUCAAGAGGCUGCAAGAGAAGAACUCCAUGGACCUGGAGAUCAUCGUCAACCCAAAGACCCUGGAUGGUGGGCUGAAUGUCAUCCAGCUGGAAACAGCUGUGGGUGCCGCCAUCAAAAGCUUUAACAAUGCCAUGGGUGUGAACGUGCCCCGUAGCCGGUUCCUGCCCGUGAAGACGACCUCUGACUUGUUGCUGGUGAUGUCCAACCUGUACAGCCUGGAUGCCGGUUCUCUCACCAUGAGCAAGAAGAGAGAGUUCCCCACCACGCCACAUGUCAAAUUGGGCAGCUCCUUCACAAAGGUUCAGGAGUUUCUGGCAAGGUUUGAAAGCAUCCCUGACAUGUUGGAGCUCGAUCACCUCACCGUGUCUGGAGAUGUCACCUUCGGAAAGAACGUGUCUCUAAAGGGCACCGUCAUCAUCAUAGCCAAUCAUGGAGACCGGAUCGAUAUUCCUGCUGGAGCCAUGCUGGAGAACAAGAUUGUUUCAGGAAAUCUGCGGAUCCUCGACCACUGAGGCCUUCUGGGAAAAAGAUGCACACAAUCAUACAAAACCAUUUGCACCUUGAAGAGACUUAAGAGAUCUGUUCUUCAGCUCACUGAUGAACAGCAGGGUUGUUAAAGACAGUUAUUUCAGUGCAGUCAACCUGAAAGGGUCAAAGGUCAACCUUGUCCUGCUUCCUCCUGUACCGUGCAUAAGAAAUUUGCUGUUACUGCCGACAUUUACUGUAAAGUUGGGCUCACUGGGGUCAUCUUUUUCUCAUGUCAAUAAAACCAAAGUGCAGUGCA